GAUUGGUUUAUUACACACGUGACACAGGGUGGGCGGGGGUCCGGAAGUGCAAUUAACCGUCUUGAAUGUUUUGUUUGUUUCCUGAAACAUCAUUCUAACGGCGUGAAUAACAUGUCGACCAUACCACCAACUGUGAAUGGUCAACCGGUACUGCAUCGGCGGGAGUUUGAGGAGCUAGACAGUCGAAUAAGAUGUCAAUCUCAUAAUCCACCCAACUACACAGAAAGGAAAACGUUCCAGGGGGACCAGCAGCUCUGCAAAGCCCAGGAGGCCCAGCGUGUGGAGCGGGCCGUGCUGCUGGAAGCCGUCCAGGGCCUGGAGAUCGAGUUGUCUGUGUGCCAGCAGAGACAGAAGGACCUGCAGGACACUUUCUCCACCGCCCAGAGCCACUGGAGGGCCCAAGAGGAGCGACUGCACCAUGAAGUGUCCUCCCUUACCUGUUUGUUGGGAGACCACAGGCAGAUGACCGACAGUUUGAUUGAGACAGUCAAAACCGAGCAGAAGAAAGCAGCCAAUCAGUUUGCAGAGCGGAGCACGGAAAAGCCGGGCAAACAAGAUGAGAUGGUUGCUGAUGCUGCUGAAGGCAAGGGCUACAAUCAGAGCAGGCCCCGGCUGCAGCGCACCAUGAAGCUCCACUCCGACCUGCACCGGGCCUUAGAGGGCCUCCAGCUGCAGACACUAGCAUCACCCUCCCCAUCAUUAGACCCCAUGAGCUCCUACCAGGUCUCCGUCCAGCAGCUUCAGGAGGAGCUGCAGAGAGAGAAGGACCAAGUAUCGAGGCUGGUGGAGCGUCUGGAGAGGGCCGAGCAGAAGUCAGAGGAGCUGAGGCAGCAGCAGGAGCAAGAUGCCAAGGAAAGCUGGAACACUGUCCACCAAGAGAUGGAGACCAACCAGGAGAUGGGCGGCAUGGUGGAGCGGAUGAGGGGGAAGGUGCAGGAGGUUAGCGCCAUACUGCGACGCAAGAUAAGCUGGGGUGGAUGGGCUGGGAUGAAGGAUGAGGAGGAAGAAGAAGAGGAGGGGAAGCCUGCAAAUGCCCUUAACUCAGAGUGCGUAAACCAGUGUCAGACAAUGCACCCAGAUCCACAACUGCUAGAACAGGCUCAAAGGAACCCAGAACUAGAACCAGAGAAGGGAGCCCAGGACCAGCACUUCUGCCUAGAGACGUUGCUGUGGAGGUGGCAGAAGACGCUGGGGGGACAGAGGGACAGUGUGAAGAGGCUGAAGGCCGACAUGAAGAGGGAGACAGAGAGCAUGCAGGUGAUGGCUGCCGGCCUCUUGAACAACAGACAGCACAGCCUGGACACAUGCCAGGUCCAAGCCCUUGAAGAGCACCUGGAGAUCUGGAGGCGGAGGCAGAGAGAGAUGAAAAUGCAGCUGUCUGAGAUGCAGGCCCAGUUUGACAUGGAGCGGAACCGCUCUGCCGAGUUCCUGAAAGAGAAUGACAAGCUGAGUAGACUGCUUUGCACAGUGGAGUCCUCGGUGGCUGACCUGCAGCCCCUGCUCACCUACCACCAGGUCCUAGUAGAGGACGCCAUGAAGGACAACUCUAUACAACAUGGCCGCCACUGGAGCAAGAUGUAAAAAUAACUCUCAAAGACUGAUGAAUAAAAGUUGACAAUAUAAUUUGCUUUUGUGUUUGCUUACUGUUUCGAUUGGCCUCUAAAAGAUGUAUGAUGUAAUUAUAACUCUUUCAUAUACAUUUCUGCCCUUUAUAUGUCCCUAAGUCAACAUAAAUUGAUUGUUCCUUAUCUUUACAAUAAGAGCUACAAUUAUCUACUAGACUAUACUGAGCACCUACAUUGUCUGGGAUUCAAAUGUCCCUUUAUAUUUGCAAGUUGUAUUUUAAAUUGUGCAUGCUGCAAACAGAUAUAAUACCUGAAAGUAAUUAUGUAACAAUAUAUGUACCUACGCUGUAAUUACAUAACCCUUUUUACAAUGUGUAAUAAUGCCUAAGUAUUGCUGCUAAAAUGGCUAUUCAACCUAGUAGUCCUUUCACCUAUCCACAAAGGUACUGGCAACAAAGACGGGAAGCUAUUCAAUAUUAUGUUCUUUAUUCUGUAAACCCAGAGCAAACAGAGUCUAAUUAAAAAGUCCUGUGAGACAUUGCCAUAUCAGCAGUUCAUCAGCACAGAAAGAUGAUACAUAUUUACAUAAUAUCGUUUUAUUUAUAAUAUACUCUUUUUAUUCAUAUCUCACUCAUUUUCAGAUAGUUUGUUUUGAAUAACAUGUUUUGAGUCCUGAAAUCACCUGUAUAAUAUUACUUAACAUGCAACUAUCUGAGCCACAGGCAAAGACUGCCUAUCGUCGUCCUGGGGGAAACCCUGUAUUUCCAAAAAGUUAUUUUUUAAGAACAACGCUUAAUUCAAUUAAUGGGACUUCACAAGGCAUUUUCCGUGACUUGUAUUAGACCUAGAGUCAUGAAACCUUCACAACUUCAGUUUAAUUUAUCUGUAUUUAUAUGUAUUAUUUUACUGCUCUAGGUUGUUAUUAUUUCUUGGAUAAGCUUAUCUACUAUUAUGUAUUGAUUUAUUUUUCAUUCACUGCGUAGAACACCGGAGGAAUUGUCACUAAAUUAUCACUGUGAAUCAUUGUAAUGUUUAUGUGUCAAUUAAUCCCAUGAGGGGAUGGGUUGCCAACUGGCAAUUUGAAACAAAAAUAAAAUGUAAUUCAUUCAUUCACUGAA